ACUCAGUCGAAUCGAAUACUCGUUGUUGAAUCUCGAAUGUUGAAUGCUUGUCAAUGGACCGAAACGGUGAUAGAGGCGAUGCGGCUGUGAUUCGAGGGUAAUUACAUCUAAUUACUCGCGAAUUAGCUUUCGAUAUCGCGGAUCUAGUUGGGCGGAGCGGAGUAUGUUUAGUUUUAAGUCGUGAUUUGCUGCUGGCCGUCCAGUGACCAACACGAAAAUGCAUCGAAGUGAUCAUAUCGCUCUCAGCUUGCCAGCGAAUGAUGCUGGUGGCGAAAAACGAAGAAACAGAUCUUUCUGGAGGAUAUGGAAUCAAUUAUCGAGAUUUCAACGCAACGCAAUUUAUAUCCUGCUUACAUUCUGCUUCUUUGGCAUGCUGUAUUUGACCACAGCAGAUACUGAAACUAUUGCUGAAGUGCCAACAGCAGGACCACUCAUAAGCGCGAUAAAGCGCGACAUAGGAAAUUCUCCCUCAAAUAAUAAUAACAAUAAUAAUAAUCUACACCAUCCUAAUGAUAUUGUUGAAGAAAAUGUAAAUCUCAACCUGGAAGAAUCUCACGUUCUAGAAGAGCCGAAAGGCAUUCGGGACACACCGCAAACUAUACUCAAAACGAAAAUAACUUUCAGUAAACAUCAAACUGAGAGGCAGAAAGCAGUUGUGCAAGCAUUCCAGCAUGCCUGGAAAGGGUACAAACGAUUCGCAUGGGGACAUGACAAUCUCAAACCAAUCUCAGAGGGAUACCAUGAGUGGUUUGGUGUGGGGCUGACUAUUGUUGACUCUUUAGAUACCAUGGUUAUUAUGGGUCUUGAUAAAGAAUUGGAGGAGUCGCGUGAAUGGGUCGAAAAACAUCUGAGUUUCGACGUGAAUCGCGAUGUUAAUCUCUUCGAAAUUACAAUUCGUGUAUUAGGUGGCCUCCUGAGUGCUUAUCACAUGACAGGCGAUGAGCUCUAUCUCAAUAAAGCGGUUGAUUUGGGUGAUCGCCUUCUCACUUGUUUCGAAUCCGUGUCGGGCGUGCCAUUUUCCGAUGUCAAUUUGUUUACGCGUAAAGCGCAUGCGCCAAAAUGGUCACCCGACAGCAGCACCUCUGAGGUGACCACUAUUCAACUGGAGUUCAGAGAUUUGAGCCGGUGUACUGGCAAUCCAAAAUAUGAGCGAGUGGUAGCAGACGUGUCGCAGCAUGUACACAAUCUCGAUAAAAAAGAUGGCCUUGUACCUAUCUUUAUCAACGCCAACACAGGUUCGUUUUCAUUCGCGACAAUUACUCUAGGCGCUCGCGGUGAUUCAUACUACGAGUAUUUAUUAAAACAAUGGAUUCAGACUGGAAAAACAAUAGAUUAUUUAAAAGAGGAUUACAUCGAGGCUAUUCACGGUGUGGAGAAACAUCUUGUCAAACGUACAGUUCCGAAUGGUUUCUUAUUUAUUGGCGAGCUUUUAGCCGGUGGAAAAGAAUUCAAACCUAAAAUGGAUCAUCUUACUUGUUAUCUACCCGGUACGCUUGCUCUGGGUGUGCACAACGGGUUGUCUGCCGACCACAUGCGCCUUGCGGAAGAUUUACUCACCACUUGUUAUCAGACAUAUGCUCAACAACCCACAUUCCUUGCACCUGAGAUUACCUAUUUUAAUAUUCAGGGAGAAAACUCGAACGAUAUGUACGUCAAAACCAAUGACGCACAUAAUCUGCUUCGGCCCGAAUUUCUCGAGAGUCUUUUCUACAUGUAUCAACUCACUGGAAACUCGACGUACCAAGACUGGGGCUGGCAGAUCUUCGAAGGCUUCCAGAAGUACACGAAGGUCGCCAACGGAUACACGUCCAUCGGCAAUGUUCGCAGCGUGACGAACGUGCGACCGAAAGAUAUGAUGGAGUCGUUCUUCCUCAGCGAGACGCUCAAGUAUCUUUACUUGCUGUUUGCCGAUGAUCCCAAGCUGUUGGACAUUGACAAGUUUGUCAUUAAUUCGGAAGCGCAUCCGUUGCCCGUGUACAAGUCGUGAUUCGUCAACGACACAGCAGCGCGCACGCGCGGAAGCAUCAUCUAGUCGUAUACAAACACACAAACAAUACUAUUUACAUGAGAUUAUUACUGCGCAUGCGUAGUAACUUGCCAGUACCAUAAGGAUUUAGUAAUUCUCGAGACUUUUUUCUUGUUAGUAAUAUUUUGAAAUCGUGGGAUCAAUCAUGGUGAGUUAAACAGUUCACAUUUGAUACAGAGUGUUUUUGCAUCACUCAUCCGAUUUUAUUAUAUAAAAAUAGUUUCACCACAUUCCACAUUUCUCUCUACUCACUCACACAUACUCAGACAGAAAAAUGUACACACACACGCUGCCAGUAAAGAAUAGAGCCAGAGAGUAAACUCA